GGCAAUCUUCCGGAGCCGUCUCCGGCGGGGGCGGCCCAUGGCUUGGCGGGGGCUGGAGGGCUCGAACCCGGGCUCGGGCUCGGGCUCGGGCUCCUGGCGGCCCCUGGAGGAAGAGGUGGCGGCGGCCGAGGAGGAAGAGGAGGCCGCCGCAGGCGCGACGGAGGAGGAGGAGGAGGAGGAGGAAGAGGAGGAGGAGGAGGAAGAGGAGGAGGAGGAAGGCCGGGGCCGGGGCCAGCUGCGCUGGGACAGCUUCUCGGCCUGGCUGCACUGCGUGUGUGUGGUGGGCUUCGACCUGGAGCUGGGCCAGGCCGUGGAGGUGAUCUAUCCUGAGCAUUCCAAACUUAGUGAUAAAGAAAAAACAAAUAUCUGCUAUCUGUCUUUUCCAGAUUCGAAUUCAGGCUGUCUUGGAGAUACGCAGUUUUGUUUCAGGUUUCGACAGUCAUCUGGCCGGAGGAUGUCAAUGCACUGUAUCCUGGAUCAGUUGGACCGAGACUCUCCUGUGUAUUUAAAGAAAGAUCCUGCAUAUUUUUAUGGUUAUGUGUAUUUCCGACAAGUUCGAGAUAAAACACUAAAAAGAGGCUACUUUCAGAAGUCCUUGGUUUUGAUCAGCAAGCUGCCAUAUACACAUUUUUUUCACACGGUGCUUAAACAAAUAGCACCUGAAUAUUUUGAAAAAAGUGAACCUUAUUUGGAGGCAGCUUGUAAUGAUGUCGAUCGCUGGCCUGCUCCAGUACCAGGGAAAAUGUUACACUUGCCCAUCAUGGGGGUAGUUAUAAAGGUGCGGAUUCCGACGUGCCACGACAAGCCUGGAACCACCCAGCUGGCCCAGCUGACCCAGCAGACAGACUCACAGAUCUCUAUGGUUUUACCUACUAUUCAUGAAGUGGAUCUUUUCAGGUGCUUUUGUCCUGUGUUCCUGCACAGCCAGAUGCUUUGGGAGCUGGUGUUGUUGGGAGAGCCCCUCGUUGUCAUGGCGCCGUCCCCCUCGGAAUCUUCAGAAACUGUAUUGGCGCUUGUUAGCUGUAUUUCACCACUCAAGUAUUACAGUGAUUUCAGACCCUACUUUACCAUACACGACAGUGAAUUCAAGGAGUACACUACGCGGACCCAAGCUCCGCCCUCGGUUAUUUUAGGAGUGACCAAUCCUUUUUUCGCUAAAACGCUCCAGCACUGGCCACACAUCAUUCGAAUUGGAGAUAUUAAACUGGCAGGUGAAAUUCCCAAACAGGUCAAGGUAAAAAAACUGAAGAACCUAAAGACUUUGGAUUCUAAGCCUGGAGUUUAUACUUCUUAUAAGCCAUUUUUAAACAGAGAUGAAGAUAUCAUAAAACAAUUACAGAAGGGAGUACAGCAGAAGCGUCCUUCUGAGGCCCAAAGUGUCAUUCUUCGACGUUACUUCUUGGAAUUGACCCAGAGCUUCAUCAUUCCACUGGAAAGAUACGUCGCAAGCUUAAUGCCUUUGCAGAAGAGCAUUUCUCCAUGGAAGAGCCCACCACAGUUGAGACAAUUUCUUCCAGAAGAAUUUAUGAAAACACUUGAGAAAGCAGGACCCCAGCUGACCUCCAGAUUGAAGGGUGACUGGAGAGGACUUUACAGACAUUUUCUAAAAUCUCCAAACUUUGAUGGCUGGUUCAGGACCCGAAAGAAGGAGAUGACCCAGAAACUCGAAGCACUUCAUUUAGAAGCUCUUUGUGAAGAGGAUUUGCUUCUCUGGAUCCAGAAACACACCGAAGUAGAGACAGUUGAUCUUGUAUUGAAACUGAAGAAUAAAUUGUUACAGGCUCAUCAAGAACACCUGCCCGUGAAGCCCGGCACGAUGGAGAAGUUGCGGACUCACAUCGAUGCCAUUAUUUUGGCUCUGCCAGAUGACCUGCAGGGUAUUCUGCUCAAAAGCGGGGCAGAGUGAGGGCUGCCUCCUGCGUUUCCCAGAGGAGAAGGAUGGUGCAACAUGGAAGCCCCAGACACGACAAAAAGAUGCCCCAAGGAAACCCAGCCACAGCGAGGAGCCGGGAGGACAGCAGGCGCUGCUGUUUUUCUAAGGACUCUAACACUUGCAUUGUUUUGAAGUGGAAGUCUGCGUGUGCAAAGGCCUUUCUGGGCUGCUAACUGUGCUUAAGCCAAGUGCUCUCAAGCGAGGCCUGGGAGGCCGAAGCCAGCCUAGCAAGAGCUCAGCCUGCAGUGCUGGCAUUGCGGCCUUUGACCAGUGGUGCUGCUGGGCCCAAUCAUGUCAAAAUACGAGAAAACUCAGGGAGAAACAAUGUCCCGCUCACACUGGCUGUGUUUUUUUAACUUUAAAGGAAGGAAUAAGUCUCAAGCUGUCCUAGAGUAGUUAUAACUAAUUAAUGCGUAAUUAGUGCCUUCCUUUUUCCUACAUUUUCACAAAACUGAGCUGCUGGUCUUGACUCACCCCUGCUGCAAAACUCACCAAGUUACUGAAUAAUCAUUGCUCACAAAUCACGAACUCCUCCUUCCCAAAACAUUUAUUGAUAGUGAUGCUUUUAUUGUCCUAUACUUUUUCAUUCCAUUAUUUUCUUUGCUAUUUUUAAAUUUUACCAAUUUCCCCAAAGAUAAAAAGUGUCUAAAACUAAUCAUGGAUUAGGAAGGAGAAACUGUUACCUUUGGCCCUUUAAAUGAACUAGCUUGGGUGCUUGUCCUCAAAGCCAUGUCUCCUAACUUACAAACCUCACAGUGAAAGUAUUUUUAACUAAAAUAUCCUUAGGAAGAGAGCAUUCACAGGCCCUCUGUGUUGUCGUCCUUAUAUUGAUUUCAUCCUCAGUGUCAUUAUUCUGUCUUUUAAAACAACCCAACAUCCCAAUUUAAUGUUUUUUCUGCUGUUGACUGACAUCAAAUCCUUCUUUCCCCCAUUGUAAGUACCUUUUGGACCUCUUACCCACCAAGCCAACAGACCGUAGAAGAUGGGCUGCUAAAAUAUCAUUUGUUGGGUUUGCAUUUGAACAGGAGUUCCCUGUGAAGGCCACUCAUAAACAAGCCCAGCAGGAUGUGUGUUACUGGCUCUAUAUGCCAUCACCCUCUAGAAAACCAAAUUUAGUUGCAGUCAUUAGGACAAGAGCAACUGUUAAGGCUGUGGUGAGCGGCAGGAGUUGUUCCCUCUUGGUUCUGACUCUUAGGCCGUUUCCUCACCAGGAGGAUCCGAGUACAUAAACCUUUUCCUCAUGGAUACGAUCUCUUGGAUCAUACCUCAAAGUUAUCAAAAUAUGCUCUUCUUAUCCUAUUUUAAAUAAAGAGUUUGCCUUGGAUCAGGUGAGGUAUUUUGUUAGCCUGCAGUUCUCCUUGAGGGAAAAGGGCAUUUACUUUUGUAUUAUAAAGAAUUUCAUAUAUUUCUGAGAAGCAUUAUUUAGGUACAAAUGGUCACCAUUGUAUAUUUUUUAAAAAGAUGUAUUUUAAUAUUCGUACAGUUUGUAUGCAAUUUGUGACCAGAAGUUGAUAUCUCAUAGUGUUGUAUCAUGAAUGUCUUUAAAAUUAUACCACUAUAUGAUCCAUUGUUUUGCACAGAUAGAGUAGCCGAGUUAAAGAAUGCCUCUUAGUAUGGCGGUAGUUUCUUUACAUUGAAAUACUGUAUUUCCCUGCAGCCUAAUCCAUAUUGACAACCAUUAUUAUGUUGCCAUAGCUUACUGCUCGUCUAAAAAUUAUGAAUUUGCAAAAGGACCGUAAAAUCACUAGGAAGUUGAGAUUGAUUGGAAGCUUUUAACUUUUAAUGAUUUGAUGAUUUUCGUAUGUCAGAGAAACCAUUGUUUGUUUAGCGUCUGAACCACCUCACAUCUUGUGGCCACCAUCACCAGCAUCUGAAGAAGUCCUGGCUUUAUGGCUGCUCUGGAAUGUUCUGUGCCUUCUACUGACUGAGCAAAUGAAGAGAGGUUCUGAAGAGGAGGAGGACUUUGUAGUCACGGUCUGCGAGUGGAUGAUUAAACGUCUUGUGUAUUAAAAA